AUGGCGGCAGCGCCGGCAGCACUGCAUCACGGUGACCCAACAAUCAGAUCCUGGUCGGAUCUCCCGCUGGACCUCGCCGCAGCCGUGCUCCGGCGCCUCCCGUCACGGCCCCUCGACCGCGUCCGCUUCGGCGCCGUGUGCACGCAAUGGUGCGCCGCCGCGCGAGAGAACCCCGCCAUGCCCCCGCACUUCCCCUGGCUCGCGCUAGCCGACCAGACCUUCUACAGCCUGCCGGCCACCGCCUUCCGGCCGUUGCCGGUGCACCUCGACGGCCACCGGCAGCUGCCGCACGCGCAGACCUCCUGCGGUGAGUGGCUCGUCUUCGAGCGCCACGACGGCGCCAUCACGCUCAUGAGCCCACUCUCCGCCGCCGCCGGCACCAUAGUGCUUCCCGGGCUCCACACCCUCAUAGACCCUCCCCACAACGGCGAGCCUUCCAAGAUCGCCUACGACGACGUCCAUGGGCCAGCCAUCCGGAAGCUUGUCGUGUGCUCGGAUAACCUCGUCGCCGCGGCGGUGGUGCACGAACACAACGUCAAGCUGGCGCUGUGCCGGCCAGGGGCGGCCUCGUGGUCGUGGGCCAUCGUCGGCGGCGCCAACGUCAUCGUCCAAGACAUAAUACUGUACCAGGGGCAGCUCUACGCCUUCAGCCGCGACAGGUGCCUCACCGCCGUCUCCAUCACCGUCGACGACCACCAGCCGGCCGUGUCCAGCGUCGACCGCGUCAUCAACAGCGGCUUGGAUUCGUUCCCGUUCAACCCAUGCUACCUGCUGGAAUCCGGCGGCGCGCUGCUCAUGAUCUCCAAUUACACCAGUAGGUCGGGAGGCGGCCAUCCGAUGGCGGCAGCGGCGGCCAGGUUCACGGUGUAUGUGGCGAGCUUCGAGCGGUCGCGGUGGACGAUUGCGCGUGGCGACAUUCUGGAAGCGGUGUCCAACGGCCGGGCGCUGUUCCUGGGGCCAUGGUGCUCCCGGUCUGUCGCCGUCGGUGGGCACGACCAGCACGGGAGCGUGGGAGGAAACUCCAUCGUCUUCUUCACCUAUGAACGCUUUUACGACGACCGGAAGAGGAUGCCCUUCUGCUGCGGCGUCUUCAACCUCAAAACGCGACGGUUGCAGCAGUCUCUCCUGCAGGUGUCGGUGCAGCCUCUCGAUGGUUUCCGGGCGACAUGGCUGUUCCCUCCCAGCCAGGCAUGA